CCUGACCGUAGAGUCGGCUGGAAAUGGCGUCGCUCUUGCUUGCUGGACAGCGCUUGGUGCGCGCUUUGGGCCCCGGUGGGGAGUUGGAGCCAGAGCAGCUGCCCCGGCAGCUACGGGCAGAACUUGAGGCUGCGCUGAAGAAGAAGCACAAGGGCAGUGAUCGCCCCAGUGGCCCCGCACGCCUGGUUUCCUUCCGCUUGAUCCGAGAUCUGCACCAGCACCUGAGAGAAAGGGAUUCCACACUAUACCUUCAUGAGCUCCUAGAAGGCAGUGAAAUCUACCUCCCAGAGUUUGUGAAGCCUCCUCGGAACCCAGAGCUAGUUGCUCGUCUGGAAAAGAUUAAGAUACAACUGGCCAAUGAGGAAUAUAACCGGAUCACCCGCAAUGUCACUUGUCAGGAUUCAAGGCAUGGUGGGACUCUCAGUGACCUGGGAAAGCAAGUGAGGUCACUGAAGGCUCUGGUCAUCACCAUCUUCAACUUCAUUGUCACGGUGGCAGCUGCCUUCGUCUGCACUUACCUUGGAAGCCAGUAUAUCUUCGCAGAAAUGGCCUCGCGAGUACUGGCUGCAUUGAUCGUGGCCUCUGUGGUGGGUCUGGCCGAGCUGUAUGUCAUGGUGCGGGCGAUGGAAGGCGAGUUGGGAGAGCUAUAACUGAUACUUCAUCAUCGAAGUGUGGAGAGGGUUUUGCGAGACUCCAGGCUCCCAGCUGCCAGUCACUGACUCUCAGUCAACCCAUCAGGCUCUUUGUACUCAGCUCCAGUUAGUCAGAGGGCUGAGCCAAGGCUACCUGUUGUUCCUGUGGGGAGCCCCAUCCUCUGUCAAUUUCCAGAAGGAGCAGUAGAGGAGACUCAGACAACAACUGAAAAUAACUGGUCUAACAGUACCUUCUCUUGAACCCUGUGCCCAUCUGCCUUCUCCAGUCCAUUCCGGGCACUGCUCAUGCUGGCUUUUUUCCAUUGGGAAUAAUUAGAAUCCAGGCCUUCCCAGAAGUAGACCACACUGCUUGACUUGCCCAAGUGCACAAAUCGAUGGUCAUCCUUGCUCCACACAUUGUUGAUGCAGACCUGUAAUUUAGAUCAGAAGUUUCCAAAAAAGCGGAAAGGAUUCCCUUUCCCCAGGUUGUUCUGGAAGAGGAACUGAUCAGAGGACAUCAAAUAAGAGAAAGACAGGUUGGUACAAGAUGGUGGAACUGGAAGCAAGGCAGCUACCGUGUUGGAAUCUUCAUCCUCUUCCUUCUGCUUGCCUUUUUCACAUUUUCUGUAUGCUUCUGCCUGUCUCUACCCCUCAGCCCUCCUUAACCUUCCCAUUACCCCUUGCUCUGUCUCCAAAUAUGAAAACAAUUCAGAUAGCAAAAGAGUAUGUCUGCUUUUAAUUGCAAAAUCCCUUAUGCUUUUUUGAUUUGUGGGGAGACAAUCUGUGGAUUGUCUCAACUAAUAAAGGGAGACAUUCUUUAUAGAGAGGAACAAUUUUCAGAUUUAACUAUAUGUAUAAAUAUGAACAUGAGUCAACAUACACGUGAAUACGUAUAUAUAUUGUUACACAUAAGCCUAAUGCAGGAUAUUUUACGUGGGUUCUUAAACAUGUUUGGGUGAGUGUGAAAAAUAGUAUAUAAAUGUUCACCGUUGACUAAUUGUUUUACAUGAUUGCUUUUGGUCUUAACAACAAUCCUGGAGGUUGGAAAUGGAAAUGGUUUUAGGCACAUUUUUCAGAAGACAAAACUGAGGCUGAGAGGCAUCAAACGACUAGCUGUGGUCCUUCCUCUGGUAAAUAGAGCCAAAGGCUCCUAGGUUGUCCUGGUGUCUCUGUGUGAUGUUAAACUUCUAAGAACUUAGAUUAAUAGUGUGCUGAUAGAAUCUGUAUAAGGCACUUAAAAAUGCUAUCAUCAUUAGUUAUUUGUCCAAUAAAUAUUUAUCGUUUCCAGU